CCCGGCAAGUUUCUGGUUAGGCUGGUGGGAGCUCCCGGCAGAGCCUGAGCGGUUUUUUUCUUCCUUUCAGAUUUGACCAUGAGCUACCCAGGCUACCCCCCGCCCGCAGGCGGCUACCCUCCAGUUGCACCAGGUGGCGGUGCCUGGGGAGGUGCUGGCUACCCCCAGCCCAACAUGCCCCCUAUUGGGCUGGAUAACGUGGCCAACUACGCAGGGCAGUUCAACCAGGACUAUCUCUCGGGAAUGGCAGCCAACAUGUCCGGGACGUUCGGAGGAGCCAACGUGCCAAACCUGUACCCUGGCGCCCCUGGGGCCCCUGGGGGCGGUUACCCUCCUCUGCCCCCUGGGGGUUUUGGGCAGCCCCCUUCCACCCAGCAGCCUGUUCCUCCGUAUGGAAUGUACCCGCCCCCUGGCGGAAACCCGCCCUCUGGGAUGCCUUCAUACCCGGCAUACCCAGGGGCCCCUGUGCCAGGCCAGCCCAUGCCGCCUCCCGGACAGCAGCCCCCAGGAGCCUACCCUGGGCAGCCGCCAAUGACCUACCCUGGGCAGUCACCAAUGCCGCCUCCUGGGCAGCACCAGCAGCCGGUGCCAAGCUACCCAGCAUAUCAAGGGUCCGGGACCGUCACCCCUGCCGUGCCCCCAUCUCAGUUUGGGAAGCGAGGUACCAUCACCGAUGCUCCUGGCUUUGACCCCUUGCGCGACGCCGAGGUUCUGCGGAAAGCUAUGAAAGGCUUUGGGACUGACGAGCAGGCCAUCAUCGACUGCCUGGGGAGUCGCUCCAACAAGCAGCGGCAGCAGAUCCUCCUGUCCUUCAAGACAGCAUAUGGGAAGGAUCUGAUCAAAGAUCUGAAAUCUGAACUGUCAGGAAACUUCGAGAAGACUAUCUUGGCUCUGAUGAAGACCCCAAUCCUCUUUGAUGUUUACGAGAUAAAGGAAGCCAUCAAGGGGGCUGGCACAGACGAAGCCUGUCUGAUCGAGAUCCUCGCCUCCCGCAACAACGACCACAUCCGGGAACUGAGCAGAGCCUACCAAGCAGAGUUCAGAAAGACCCUGGAGGAGGCCAUACGAAGCGACACGUCAGGACACUUCCAGCGGCUCCUCAUCUCUCUCUCUCAGGGAAACAGGGAUGAAAGCACAAAUGUGGACAUGUCGCUCGUCCAGAGAGAUGUCCAGGAUCUGUACGCAGCUGGGGAGAACCGCCUGGGAACAGAUGAGUCCAAGUUCAAUGCAAUCCUGUGCGCUCGGAGCCGGGCCCACCUGGUGGCAGUUUUCAACGAGUAUCAGCGAAUGACAGGCCGAGACAUUGAGAAGAGCAUCUGCCGGGAGAUGUCCGGGGACCUGGAGCAGGGCAUGCUCGCCGUGGUGAAAUGUCUCAAGAACACCCCUGCCUUCUUUGCUGAAAGGCUCAACAAGGCCAUGAGGGGAGCAGGAACAAAGGACCGGACCCUGAUUCGCAUCAUGGUGUCUCGCAGCGAGAUUGACCUCCUGGACAUCAGAACGGAGUACAAGCGGCUGUACGGCAAGUCGCUGUACCACGACAUCACGGGGGACACCUCGGGGGAUUACCGGAAGAUUCUGCUGAAGAUCUGUGGUGGCAACGACUGAACGGUGACCAGUGGCUCACUCUGUCCACCUGCCAGCAACAGUGAUGCUAGGAAAAGG